CAUCAUAUCAUUUCCUCAAAUUACAACUACUUCCCACACAACUUAUUAUCAAUGGAACGCAACCAUUUUAAGAUAACUUUUUCUAGUUACUAAAGGCCCCCAAAUCGCUUGCUUCUUUCUCUCUCUCACCCCGCUCGGAGACGACGAUUUUCAUGGAUUUAUGAAUGCACCUUUCACGUGUCGUGUCUAGAAAUCUCGGAGUAGUCACAGGUAAGCAAUUUGUUGCAGAAAACCAUGUAUGGCAGAACAGGUCUUCAACGGUUCAAAAAGGCACAGACUUUAGAACCUUUUGCGGUAGCAACUGCUACUACUACUACUACUACCACACAGCCCCUUUCUAAGUUACAUUCCCAUUCUGAUCAGAAGCACCAAGUUUCUCAUAAACCUGAAAACAAGGAUGUUCCACAAGUACAAAUAACCCAAGUUGGAGGUGGACAGUCUAGUUGGCAGCCUCCCGAUUGGGCUAUCGAGCCCCGCCCUGGCGUUUACUAUCUUGAUGUUUUGAAGGAUGGUGAGGUUCUUGACAGGAUUCAUCUUGAUAAGCGAAGGCACAUCUUUGGGAGGCAGCUUCAUACAUGCGAUUUCGUACUUGAUCAUCAAUCAGUCUCACGCCAACAUGCUGCUGUUGUUCCUCAUAAGAAUGGAAGUGUUUAUGUGAUUGAUCUAGGAUCUGCACAUGGCACCUUUGUUGCAAAUGAGAGAUUGACCAAGGAUUCUCCCGUUGAGCUUGAGGUUGGACAAUCUUUGCGCUUUGCAGCUUCAACCAGGGUUUAUAUCUUGAAGAAGGACGAUGCAGCCCUGUUCCCUCCUCCUCCUUUGCCAAAUCUGCCUCCACCCCCCGACCCAUCAGAUGAAGAGGCCAUGUUAGCUUAUAACACAUUUGUAAACCGUUACAAUCAAUCUGCUAGGAGCUCUUUUGUGGGUGGAAAUCAUGAAAGACCUUUGAAGAGAAGUAAGAAGGCAAGAGUGGCAUUCAGAGAUCAAGUCGGUGGAGAGCUGGUUGAAGUUGUUGGUGUGUCUGACGGUGCGGAUGUAGAAACAGAACCCGGUCCAAUUGGUGUGAAAGAAGGUAGCAGUCUUGUUGGCAAGUAUGAAUCACUUGUACAAACGACAGUAAUACCUAGAGGAGGGAAAGAAACAAAGGAAGUUGGUGUUUCUCCAAAAGGCGUGACUGAUAAACUACAACAAGUCCUAAACAGAGUUAAAGCUCCUCCUCCUACAAAAGGUGGAAUUUAUGAUGACCUCUACGGAGAAUCAUUGGUAUCGAGCAAAGUGUCUUCUUCCUGGGCGUAUUCUCCAGCUAAAGAUGAUCAAAGCAAGUCUCCUGGUGCUAUAACUUUAAGACCAGAAAGUAAGGUUGACGAUAAUGAUAGUGAUGAUGAUUUGUUUGGUUAGCUAUGAAUCUGCAAUGCUUUGUGCAAGAUGAAAGGUACUUUUUCUCAUUGUGGAUUGUCUUAUAUUCCAUUACCUGUUAUUUCUAUGGACCUGAAAUUCCCAUGGAUGUUUUUGUGAGAAGAAAAUAGGAAAUGGAAAAAAAACUGUUUGAUACUCAUGCCUCUAUUAUAUGAUGUUUGCUUCUAAGCACGUAAGAUUACCAUCUAGUGUUAGGUUUCCGCCUCCUUCUGUCUUAGCCAAUAUUUUUUUUCAUCCA